GUGUCACGAUGGGGCUCCCGGUCCAGGCGGCAGACGGGGGUGUUUGUCUCCCUCUAUCGUUAUUGAAGAUUUAGCAAAAAACAUUUAUAACCCAGAAGUUCAACGAAAUUUUGCAAUAACGACUCUUUUUGGAGCUAUAUUAGUUUGCAUUUCGGCAAGGAUCGAUCAUUAAAGACUUCAACGUGUUGGUUUAGUUUUAAGGCCAGGCGUCCAUUUUCUUUUUCUUCGUCUUUGUUUCCUGCCGUUUUACGGAGUCGAGAUGGAAACUCGCGGCUGUGUAUCAACUCAGCGCGCGCCAGAUUGCAGCACAGAACAACGAAUUUUCUAAAUCGCACAUGCAUAAUCUUGCUACAGUAACUAUCAUAGUUAACUACAUACAGUUCACUAACUAGCCGUUCAACGCAUAACUUGUUAGCUAGACCGCUAAGUUAGCUAUGUAAUGUCACUUUCCACGCCAUUAACUAGUAUUGUUAACGAACUAAUAAAGCCAUAAAUUAUCGAAACAGUAACAAAACGAAAUGUUUUCGCCCACAAUGGCCUUCGCAAAAGCUAACGUUAGCAAACCCCUACCAUUGACCUAGCUAACUUAGAUAAUUAGCUAACUGUUAGUUUAUGUUAUAGUUUAGCUAGCCAAUUAUCAUAUUUUAAAAGCUGGCAAUUAAAACAAGGUCUAAGUCACGAUGCAAAGACGAUUCACAAUUUUAGAAGGCGCUAGCUAACGUUAGGUAACGUUUCAGUAGCUAGCUAACAACAUAAACGUUAGGUAGCCAAAUUGGCUUCUAGCGCAUACCGAAUUCAAACAAGUAACAUGCAUAACUAGCAAAUGACCACGAUAGCCAUUUUCACUAGCGUUUCCAGUAAAACGACGUCCCCCUUCGCCCUACAUUUAAUGAGCACGUAGUCUAGAUUUUUGUUUGACGAAAUGUCUUCUCCAAGCUUACUGCAGUUCAUUUUCAAUCCAGUGUCCGUUGUCUGAUUCAAAGCCUACCUUGAGCUACAACGACACUAGCUGGAUAGAAUUGAUCAAAACAGGGUAGAGCUCCCUCUACAACCCAGCUGGUAGCGGUACAUAAACAUGACUAGCUGAUGUUAGCUAGCUAUAUGACUUCAUGUCCACUAUCAAAAUUGCGGCCCGCAAUUGCACCCUUCGCAGGAUGGCCCAACUAGCUACGAAUGUGUCUGUGCGUUCAAUUCAUGCAGUAGGUUUAUGUAGAAAUGUCAACUUGUUUGUCUUCCCCACAGGUUCAGUGUCAGGUAACAGUCAGGGGAGUUGAGUCAGAAAUUGAGGAAGCCAAGCAGAUCUAGAAAGAUGAAGUAUUCCUUUCUGGUGCAGGUAUUACCGAUGGACGGCGGACCAACCGACGUUGUGGUUGAGGCCAAGGACAGCAUCACCUAUGAGGGGGAGGAGGUGGUGGCAGACCUGCUCCAGCAAGCAGCAGAGGGGGUAAUGGACCAGCAGCCCGUGGGAGAGGGGGGCCUGGAUCCCCAGGAGCUGGUGGAGGGAGUCAAUGUGGAGAUGAUGGUAAUGGAUUCCCUGGACCCGGCCCUGCUGCAGAUGAAGACUGAGGUUAUGGACGCCCCUGUGGUCACAGCCCACGAGGCCACAGUCACCACAGUGGAUGAGACCCAGAUCAUCACUCUGCAGGUUGUCAAUUUGGAGGAGCAGCAGCUUGGAAGCCUUGGGGAGCUACAGCUGGUCCAGGUGCCUGUCUCGGCUGUGCCUGUAACACAGGCCACUGUAGAGGAGCUACAGGGCACCUUCGUGGACGCCACGGCCAUGCCCAAAGAUGGAAACCCUAUGAUCUGCCACACCCUGCCCCUGCCAGAGGGCUUCCAGGUGGUGAAGGUGGGUGCGAAUGGUGAGGUGGAGACAGUGGAGCAGGAUGAGCUCCAGCACCAGGAGGAGCAGCAGGUCCAGCCUGAGGAGGAGGAAGAGGGGCUGCACUGCGAGCCCCAGCCUGAAGACCCACAGUGGACCACAGACCCAGACUACCAACCCCCGGCCAAGAAGACUGCCAAGAAAGCAAAGAAGAGCAAGCUGCGCUACAACACUGAGGGGGACAAAGACAACAUGGACGUGUCUGUCUAUGACUUUGAGGAGGAGCAGCAGGAGGGGAUGCUCUCUGAGGUCAACGCAGAGAAGGUGGUGGGCAACAUGAAGCCCCCCAAACCCACCAAGAUCAAGAAGAAGGGUGUGAAGAAAACAUUCCAGUGUGAGCUGUGUAGCUACACCUGUCCCCGCCGCUCCAACCUGGACCGACACAUGAAGAGCCACACGGACGAGAGGCCCCACAAGUGCCAUCUGUGUGGAAGGGCCUUCAGGACCGUUACCCUGCUGAGGAACCACCUCAACACACACACAGGUACCAGACCACACAAGUGUCAAGAUUGUGACAUGGCCUUUGUGACCAGCGGAGAGCUGGUCCGACAUCGUCGCUACAAGCACACUCAUGAGAAACCCUUCAAGUGCUCCAUGUGUGACUAUGCCAGUGUGGAGGUGAGCAAGCUAAAGCGCCACAUCCGUUCCCACACUGGGGAGCGUCCGUUCCAGUGCAGCCUGUGCAGCUACGCCAGCAGAGACACCUACAAGCUGAAGAGACACAUGAGGACACACUCAGGAGAGAAGCCGUAUGAAUGCUACAUCUGCCACGCCCGUUUCACCCAGAGUGGAACCAUGAAGAUGCACAUCCUGCAGAAGCACACAGAGAACGUGGCCAAGUUCCACUGCCCCCACUGUGACACAGUCAUCGCCCGCAAGAGUGACCUGGGCGUCCAUCUGCGUAAGCAGCACUCGUUCAUUGAGCAGGGACGGAAAUGCCGUUACUGUGAUGCGGUGUUCCACGAGCGCUAUGCUCUCAUCCAGCACCAGAAGUCCCACAAGAAUGAGAAACGCUUCAAGUGUGACCAGUGUGACUACUGCUGCAGACAAGAGCGUCACAUGCUGAUGCACAGGCGCACACACACAGGAGAGAAGCCUUACGCCUGUAGCCAGUGUGAAAAGACCUUCCGCCAGAAGCAGCUCCUGGACAUGCACUUCCGGCGCUACCACGACCCCAACUUCGUGCCUACUGCCUUUGUGUGCACCAAGUGUGGCAAGACCUUCACCCGCAGGAACACCAUGGCCAGACAUGCAGAGAACUGUAACGGGGAUCCUACUGAAGGAGAGAACGGAACCCCACCCAAGAGAGGACGGGGUGGGAGGAAGAGGAAGAUGCGCUCAAGGAAGGACGAUGAUGACGAUAGUGAGGACAAUGCUGAUCCUGAGCUGGAUGACAUUGAUGAAGAGGAUGAGGAUGCCGAAGAGGCACUGCUGGAGGAAGAGGAGGAGGAGGAGAUGGAGUUGGAGCAGGCUCCACCCACCAAGCCUAUCCCCGCCCCUGUGGAGCCGCCCGUCAAGAGGAAACGUGGUAGACCCCCCAAGAAUGCGCCCAAACCUGCCUCACCUGCCAAAGCUAGCAAGGCUGCCCCUAAGGGCAAAGCUGCUGCAGCAGCCAUCAUCCAGGUGGAGGAUGAGAAUACAGGUGUCAUAGAGAACAUCAUAGUGAAGAAUGAGCCAGAGGCUGAGCAGGCUGCCAUAGAGGUGGUGGUGGAGCAGUCGGAGGAGGCAGGAGCAGGGGUGGAGACAGUGGAGCUGCCUGUAGCAGAGGCUGCCCCCAACGGAGAUCUCACCCCUGAGAUGAUCCUCAGCAUGAUGGACCGGUGAUCUAGCCCAGCUCAAAGACAACCCCUUGUCUCAACCUUUCCCUUCAAGUCCACCCUCUUCAUACAAUCUGCCAUAUUACAAACCACUCCGCUUUACACUUUAUUUUUAUCAUUUGUUUUUAACAAAUCUGUUUCUUUUCACUUAAACCCACAUCCUUCCAUGCAUUCACUGUAACAGUUAAAGUUCCAGCUGCUUUGGUCUGUAGAAAUGUAGAUUUGGUGAAAUAAUGGCUCCAUUCUCUACUGUAAUCUAUUGGUAGCUGAGGGUUGACACAUGGUGGACAUUGGGACUUACUGCAUUGGUCAGUUGCGCCCCCCCCCCCCCCACACACACAAUCUAAUGACUAUUUUCGUAACCUGUUUGUGACCUUGACAUGGCGACAGUGGGUGCCAAGUGAGCCUUGUAAUCUAGAACCUUAUAUCUGCUGUAGACUAAAAUUAACUUUAGCUCGGCAUGUUGAUAGGAAUGGCUUUCUUUAAAACAAAAAAAUGUUUUAUUUACUGCAUAUUCCAUAUGACUUAUUAUUGUACUUGUCACAGAUUCUGAAGUUUGUAGAGGCUUCGAUCAACAUCAGGCCAGGGACAAUGAAAUCCAUCCACAAAGUUUAAGACUGCGGUUGUUAUGAUUGUACAAAAGGUAGUCCGGGCUCGUUUUGCUUGUAAAUACUUUUUAUUUUAGUUUUAUUACCAGCAUUUGAAUCUUUUUCUAGUGAUUUAAAGCCCUUUAAUGCUGGAGGAAAGGAAGUCAACCGUAGCUGUUUGGAACACAGGCUGUAUAUGGCUUUCUUAUCUCUAAUGUGGGAGGCUUUGCCUACUUUGAGAAUCAUGUUGGCUAUAUGACCUUCUCUGUUUUGAGCUUUUUAUCCUGAAUAUUUGUAGCGCAUUUAUGGGAGGUACAUUACUCACUCUUAUCCCACUGUUCAUCCCAAACCACAGUCACUAAUGCUCUAAUUUUAGAAAGAUGACCUUGUUUUGCAUUUCAAGAUGAGAUUAAGUGAUGUCAAAUGCAUUCAUAUUCUUAAAAGCUUUAGUCAAGAUCUGUGAAAUUGUUGAGCAGGGGUAUUCAACUCUUAACACUGAGGUCCAGAGCCUGCUGGUUUUCUGUUCUACCUGAUAAUGAAUUGCUCACAUCUGGUGUCCCAGGUUUAAAUCAGUCCCUGAUUAGAGUGGAACAACAAAUCAGUGAAACUGGCUCCGGGGUUCAGAGUUGAAUUUGACGGAGGUGUCCAAUUGAACUAGCUUCAGGUCUUAACUGUACAUGAAAUAUGAUUAUUGAGGCUUUGGUAAUCUUGUGAAGCAGAAUGUUUCUCCCAGUUCACUGUUAAUUUCUCAGACUAUUUUGUCAUAACUGCAUAGUUUUAUUGUGGGAUGUGUACAGGAGAGGGCCUUGAGAAAUUCUGAUAAUGACAUUCAAAAGGGGAGGAGAGAACUGAGGGAAGGAUAUUUUGUAUAAAGUUUGUUACUUGUUUAAGAUGACUAUUUACUUUCUUUCACAGAACAUUUUUAAUGCUGAUUGAUACAACCUGACUUUUCCUCCUAUAUGUAAUUGCGUUUAAAUUGCUUUUUGUCAAGCGCUUAAAUUCUGGGUUGAUCUUUUUUGUACCUGGCUGUACUGUGUGAAUUUAGCAAUGAUCUGAAAACCAACAUAAAUACAUGUAUUAUGGCUGGGUUGGGCUGAGAGGGCAUGUAUGAGGAAUGUACAGCUAAUAAAAAGAUAUUGGCCUACA